UCAGUUUGCAUCAAUCACCAUGUCAGUAAUAGGUGCCCUAAACAUCAAAAUCAUUUGCAUUGCGAUAUUUGUCGGAAUUGUCAUAGAGAUUAUGGCAUCGACUUCACCCUGCAGUGGGAAGCCUUGUUUUGUACAGCACCCUUCAAGAUGUUUUGAAAUUGGAUUAAAGUGCGCAUGUAACAUGUCAGGUUUCGUUGGGGACAAUUGUACAUCAGAUCGAGAUGAGUGCACAGCAGGAAUGUCGGACCGAUGUUCACACCGAGGUCACUGUUUCAACACUGUGGGAAGCUUUAGGUGUGAGUGUCUGAGCGGAUGGAACGGAACACACUGCGAGCAUUCUACCGGAGAAAAAACUGCGUGUAUGCCAGGAUAUUCGGGUCAGAACUGCGGAGGUGUGUUGUGCAAGCACGGAUAUGCCGUGGAAAGGAAAUUCAAUGAAACCAGUCCAACCAAUAAGACAUACAAAUGUGUUUGUGAAGAUGGAUGGACAAAACACCAUGAAGACGACUCCUGCGAUACGGAUAUUGACGAGUGCAAACUGUCACCAUGUUUAAACGGUGGAACAUGUAGUAACACUGAUGGAAGUUAUGAUUGCCUGUGCAUAGACCCCUGGACAGAAAAGAAUUGCUCAUUCUACGAUCCAUGUAAAAAUGCAUCAUGCCCAGACGCCACCCCAACUUGCGUAAAAAAGGGUGCGGACGACGACAAAAACUUCACAUGCUGUCCCAAAGGCUUUACUGGGAAAAACUGUGACGAAGAUGUAAAUGAAUGUAAAGACAUUACACUAUGUCCCAACGCGACAUGUGAAAACACCCUCGGUAGCUAUUACUGCGUUCAAAAUGAGACGUCCACAGCAUCUCCACCAGAAUCAACAGUUACCGUCACACAACACGUGACACAGCAAACCACACAACACGUGACACAACAAACUACACAACACGUAACACAACAAACCACACAGGGAGCAACUGUGGGAGACGGCCCUGAAGACGCUGGCAGUAACAUACCUCUUAUAGGAGGGGCAGUUGCAGGAGUGACCGUCCUUAUCGCUCUAGUGGUCACUUUAGGCGUGUACUUCAAGAACAAGGCGAAGAUAAAAGUUGGAUCGAAUCCAGUACAAACAGAUGACGAGCAUGGGAUGACAAACUCGAACACUCAUUUUGAUAAUACGAAAAACAGAUAA